GCUUCUCCCUUUCUCCUCCAAGUCCCUCCCCUUUCACCAAAAAAUCCAAAAUGGUAUCAGAGCUUCAAUAAUCUAGAGGGACCUCUGAGUGUGAGUUUGAGUGAACACCAAAAAAAAAAAAAAAAAAACCCCACCUUUCUUUGUUUUUUAGAUGGUUUUUCAUGUGAAACCCCUCUUGCUUGGCCAAAAUCUUACAGCAAAAAAAGACUGUGAAGAUGGAGGCAUAUGUUAGUCUCACCAUGGGAGAUGUCAAGGAGAGGAAAACUGGAUUCAAAGAGAAGCUUUGAUGGAGGUUUCACCAACACCAAGCACAAAGAAGCUGAAAAAUGGCAUCAAAGCUGUGAAAUUUGCUGCAACGAGAUAGCAAAAUGGCUUAGCAAAGCUCCAAAAAAAUGUGUGAAAGCAGCAAAUCCAAGCAAGAUGAAGCUGCAACAUUAAAGGAGGAGUUGAUCUGCUAAAGGAGAUGCUUCAACAGCAACAAAAAAUCAAAACCAAAGCAGAAAGAACUACACAAAUGGCAGAUUCCAAAUGCUUGGUUAAUGUCAUGUUAUCCUCAGCUUUAACACCAAGGAGGAGUGUUGGAGCUGUGGUGUCAAAGUUGCACAAGAGGUAGCAAAUGGAAAGAAAGCUGCACAAGUGGCAGCAAAAUGAAAUGAAGGGAGAGCUGCACCAAAGCACGGUAGCAGCAAAGUGCAGCAACCUAUUCUGCAAAAUGUUGAUGAAAUGUUGGUGAAAUGAGGUUGAAAUGUAAUGCAAAUGAAAGCAAAUGGAAGGCUGCAAAGUAGCAGCAAGAACAGCCACAGGGAGCCACACAAAUGGAAGCAAGACUUUUAAUGUAAUCUUGCAUUAAAUGUUUUGUAGAUUUUUCUCUUAAUGGAUAAGUAUUAGGUACUGUUUAUGUACUAAAUUUUCUGCUAUAUAAUAGCAGAACAAUGAAAGCAAAAAAUGGGUUCUGACCUCUUGAAAUGAGAGAACUCCGGUGCUUCUCCCAUUCUCCUCCAAGUCCCUUCCCUUUUCACGAAAAAAUCCAACAGCCUUCAUCGUCCUUAUCCAACAAAACACCCUUUGAAAAGCUAUUCAAAUUUCGACCUAAUUAUGUCAAACUUAGAGUUUUUGGGUAUCUUUGCUUUCCGUGAUAACUGAGAACCUGUGAUCAGGUGGUGGCAGCUUGGGGGAUGGUAGGUUGUGUUUUGGUGGCAGGCGUGGGUCGUACGGUCCAGAAAGAAUCUUGUGAUGGCUAGCAAAUGAUGGUGUGGUGAAGAACACCGGUACUCCAAGGAGAAGCAGCGCAAGGAAGAAUAUUUUGGUAGACAUCUUCAAGCUCUAUCUAGGUGAUGGUGCAAAACUAGAAGAACUGAGUCAGUAGUUAUAAUGAAAUGAAUCAUAUAACUGGCCUGUUUGUGCAUGACAAUUAGCUGUAGCAAAGCAACUAAGCACUUAGUAGUAUCGUGUCAAAUAAAAAAGAAGCAACUUAAUAUAAGUUCCUAGAAUAUAUAUUCUGUCUGUAA